AUGGCCUUUGACCCCACACUUCCAAUCUACAAGCACGAUAUCCCAAAGAAGUUGGUGAAAGACAAUACCAAGCUUGACGAAGCACUCAUUGACAUCUUCGGAGCUUGGGACUUUAAAUUCGUCAAUCGCUAUGACGCAACAAAGGAAAUGAUCACAAUCGAAACAAAUGAUGAUAGGUCGAUGGACUUGAAGAAAAAACUGCAGGAGAAGGAAGCUCUGGAGCAAGACUAG